AUGAGCUUGCUGAGCCGUCUUGGCUUAGCAAGGACUGCAUCCCACGAUGAUACUACGAGACCGAUCGUGCGCUUCAUCGAGCACUGGAAAGCGAUACAAAGCCUGCUUGCCGUCGCAGAGAGGAAGAAGGACAGAAUCACAGAAGGGCAGAUCGAAGAGCACAUCCAUGCUGCUUUCGUACUGCUCGUCGAGGACGAAGCGGCAGAGCGAGAGGAUCCAGGGCCGUCAGACUGUCUCGAGUGCGCGCUCAACAAUAAUCUGCUGGCCGUAUUGCUUCAGCGGCCCAGCCAGCUCGCUCAAGGCUAUCUUCUCAUGCUGGACAAACUCGAACCGGAUGUACUGGUACAUCGAAAGAUACAUAGACCGCUGCUCGAGCUGCUCAGAUGGCAAGACGCGUCCUUACGUUCACCGGACGAACAGCUGCGCACACUCGUCCUUGACCUUGCUUGCCGCAUAGCGCACACCUUAGCGCAACAUGCCGGUCUCCUGCCUAUCUUCCUCAACAACGCUUUGCCAAUCAAGGAACAGCAGAGACCUUCCAAUGGCAAAGCGCACACAAAAGCGACAGUCGACUUUCCGGCCUUUCAGAUCUUGCUGCAGCAGAUGCACAGUGAUGCUCGUGCAAGGGAGGCCCUACUGGAACUUGUCGAUCUGGGUAUUCGGCCCUCUCUUGAUGCGUGCUCGGCCCCGACCGUCGCACUGGCGGAGUAUCUGCUCGCCUCGUAUCUGCCCGACAGCGUCGCGGCGAGUCUGACAGCCGUCUAUGCUGCUCUGCCUCGUAAGCUGCGGCGGCAUACUGUCAAGCUGGGAAGUGAUCGGCCACGAUUGACAAGCGAAUCGGAUGAAGACAUAUCGAGAAGCUUAGAGGCUUUGCGCGUUGCUGUGCGUUUCGCGCAAGACGUCUUUGGUCGGGCCUCGCCUGCGCGAACCUCAGAGGCAGACGAACACUGGCAAGCGACCACGCGACUACGCGCAAGACUACAGGCUGCAGUGCUAGCGUCGAUCGAGACUCAUUUCCAGUCUGCAGUCUUGCUACCCACGCUGCAGAGCUGUUCGAGCGAAGACGGCAGUGCGCUAGCCGUCAUGACAUACCUCACAAUCAUAUUCGAGGAGCUCGAACCCGUCAGCGCCCUCAGUGCAUCCUUCCGGCGGCUGUUCGGGCUGGAACAACAAAGCAACUUCCUCGCAUGUCUCGUGCUCGAUCAUCUGCAAACGCCCGAUCUGUCUGCAACCUCGCUCAGUCUUCUUGCGGCUCUUGUCCAGCAUCAUCCGUCGUGCAUGCUGUCCUUCUUUGCCAGCGAGAACUGUGAUCCACCGGCGCAAGAUGACAACGAUAGCUACGGCGACCGACUGGCUGCGCGUGAUGAUGCGCUUCAAGCCCUCUUGGCUCUCGGCAGUCGCCUGGAGCUCCAGGCAUCGACGAAUGGCCAGUCAGAGCUGCUAAGAUCGACGGAUAUCGGCGCAUAUUUAGUGCAAGCACAGAGCGCCAUCAGACCGCACAUCAUCGAGAGCAUGCAGCCCAAUUGUAGCGUGACGGUGACGGAAGCGGCAGCGACGCCGCUGUUGACCAUGCUUGCUCGCUUCCACGCCAAUGACGUUGCUGUCAACUUGGCACUGACACGAGCCAUCUUGGCGAUAGCUUAUCUGCCUACUAUGUCACUGCAGGGUUGGCUGUGGCCGUCAUCGGGGACGACAGACGGUAUCAUCAUCAGCAUGCUUCACGCGUUGGCCGCUCACUUGCCAUCGUUCGAGAAGCAAUGCGAAGGCCUUGCAACCCAUCUGGCAGCACGCAGAGCAGCGCUUCUAUCUGCUGAUAUGAUCACAGAUGCUCUUGGAUCUCGCCACUUUUCGACACUGAGCACUGCUAAACGACACAAAUCACGACCCAGUCUGACUCGGGCUUGGUUCUCGAACGAGACGAACGACUCUGGAUCUGUCGAUCCUGUCAUAUUGCACUAUCCAACAACACCGUCAAGCUCGCUCGUCAACGGAACGAUAGCGAAAGAGAGCAAAAUCCAAUUGUCGGUCCUGCUGGACAAUCUUGUCAUUCUGUCCGAGUUCGUCAAAGAGAUCGUUGCGGUUUUGCAAGUGCGAACCGAGCUCGGUCUCGAUCCUGUCUAG